GUUGGUGUGUGUGUGUGUGGGAGUGUGUGUGUGUGUGUGGGGGGGGUGUUGGUAGUGGACUGCGGUGGGUACUGCGCAUGCGGAGCUCCAAAUUCAAACAGCUGGACCGGGAGCUGCUGCUGGGACUCGGGGGGACGUUUGCUCCUUGGAAGGCACCACCGCGGAGCCAUGGUGGACCGGGGUCCUCUGCUCACCUCGGCUAUCAUCUUCUACCUGGCCAUCGGGGCGGCGAUCUUCGAAGUGCUGGAGGAACCGCACUGGAAAGAGGCCAAGAAAAACUACACCACGCAAAAGCUGCAUCUGCUCAAGGAGUUCCCGUGCCUGGGCCAGGAGGGACUGGACAAGAUCCUGCAGGUGGUGUCUGAUGCCGCUGACCAGGGCGUGGCCAUCACAGGCAACCAGACCUUCAACAACUGGAACUGGCCGAACGCGAUGAUCUUCGCAGCCACGGUCAUCACCACCAUCGGUUAUGGUAACGUGGCUCCCAAGACCCCAGCUGGGCGCCUCUUCUGUGUCUUCUAUGGCCUUUUCGGGGUGCCAUUGUGUCUGACGUGGAUCAGUGCCCUGGGCAAGUUUUUCGGGGGACGUGCCAAGAGGCUGGGCCAGUUCCUCACCAGGAGAGGCGUGAGCUUGCGGAAGGCGCAGAUCACAUGUACGGCCAUCUUCAUCGUGUGGGGCGUCCUGGUCCACCUGGUGAUCCCGCCGUUCGUGUUCAUGGUGACGGAAGAGUGGGACUACAUCGAAGGCCUUUAUUACUCCUUCAUCACCAUCUCCACCAUCGGCUUCGGGGACUUCGUGGCUGGUGUGAACCCCAGCGCCAAUUACCACGCCCUGUACCGCUACUUUGUGGAGCUCUGGAUCUACCUGGGGCUGGCCUGGCUGUCCCUCUUCGUGAACUGGAAGGUGAGCAUGUUUGUGGAGGUGCACAAAGCCAUCAAGAAGAGGCGGCGGCGGCGGAAGGAGUCCUUCGAGGGCUCCCCACACUCUCGGAAGGCCCUGCAGGUGGCCGGCAGCGCCGCCUCCAAGGACGUCAACAUCUUCGGCUUCCUGUCUAAGAAGGAGGAGACCUAUAAUGACCUCAUCAAGCAGAUCGGAAAGAAGGCGAUGAAGACGAGCGGGGGUGGGGACAGGGUCCCGGGACCCGGACCCGGGCUGGGGACACCUCAAGGGGGUGGACUGACCGCCAUCCCCACAUCCCUCGCCCCGUUGGUGGUCUACUCAAAGAACCGAGUGCCCAGCUUGGAAGAGGUCUCCCAGACUCUCAGGAGCAAAGGCCAUGUGUCGAGACCCCCCGGCGAGGAGGCUGGGGUGCAGGCGCCCCUCGCCGACAGCUCCCCGACCUCGGAGGUGUUCAUUAACCAGCUGGAUCGCAUCAGCGAGGAGGGUGAGCCGUGGGAAGCCCUGGACUACCACCCCCUCAUCUUCCAGGACGCCAACAUCACCUUCGAGAACGAGGAGACCGGCCUCUCGGACGAGGACACGUCCAAGUCCUCGCUGGAGGACAACCUGGCCGGCGAGGAGCAGCCCCAGGCGGGGCCCGCGGCCGAGGCGCCCCUGCACAUGGGCGAGUUCCCGUCGUCGGACGAGUCCACCUUCACCAGCACCGAGUCGGAGCUGUCCGUGCCUUACGAGCAACUGCUCAACGAUUUCAGCAAGGCAGACAGCCCCCGGGGCACGUGAGCCGGGCUGGCUCCCCACCCCACCACCGCCGAUGACUUUCCCCCAGCCGCCCCCCAACCCAGGGCGUCCCGUGACGGCCAGACCCUGGGGAGAGCCAUCGCCGGAACCGGGAGUGGGGGGCCAGGGGCCAGCCUCUCUUUUUCUGUCCCCUCCAGUCGGUUGGCACAGGCUCGGGACAGGCCUCCACUCCGCAGCGUAGUGAUACCCUUGGCCACGAGCCCCCCCCCCACCUGCCUGGCAGGUGUAUUUGAUGUUCAGAGUCGUGUGGGCUCUAUCUAUCACUGACCCUGGGGGCCCAGGCCUAUCUCAUAGGUCUGCCCCCUGUCUUUUUUGUUUGUUUGUUUUUUGAUUGAAUGUCACACGGUUAGCUGAGGCUGGGAGCCUCGCUAUUUGACAACGCCAGUAUUUGAGCGCAACUCCUGGGUGCCUGGCUGGCAUUGAGCUUUGUGCCUGGCUGGCACUGAGCUAGACACUUUCGGGAGCAGGAAGGAGGAUCGUCGUAAGAUCCAGGGUCGUCCUGUCGGAGUUCUGAAGUGUCCCCGGCAGGCACAGCUACGGUGGGGGGGCCAGGCUCUCUCCCUGCCCCAGCACCCCAUCUGCCCAUCCACACAGCAUGGCUGUGCCUGUCAGGUCUUGACUGCCAACCUCAGUAAGGGCGGGAGGCCUAAGAGGGAAGGGGAAUGAAGAAAUGGAACAGGGGAACUGAAGAUGGUGACCGGCCCUGUCCUUACCCCAGAGCCGCGUCUCAUCGCAGACUCGGUGGGAGCAACGGCAGGCACGGGGCUCCCUGUGUCCCGGGAGUGUGAGGAGAAGAGAGGGGUGGCCGGGCAUGGGCUACGGCUACCCCUCGGGUCCCUUCCUGGUACAAGUGCAUGCCCCAGCCCUGGCCUGGGUGCCCACAGUGCCACCCUGCCAUGUCGUCUCACUGCCCCGGGACUCCCUCGUAACCCCUCCCAGCUGUGCCCCCUGCUCCUCCGCUAGGGGGGCUGGCCCCCGAGUGAGGCCCAAACUGUGAAUUGAACUCUCUCCAGCUACUGUACGGUGGGUGUGGGUGCGUGUGCCGGCGAGUGCGUGAAUGUGUGCGAGAAAGAAAAGCCUUUGGGCUGGGGGAGAAUAAGGAAUGUGAAGUUGUGCCCAGGCUGUGGAUAUAUUUGUUUUCCGAGGGUUGGGGGACAACCAGCCGCUGUCAGAGCCCUUGGGCUUCCAGGGUCGCUCACCCUCCGACCAGCCCACUCUGCCUCGAGAUGUCUGUGUCAUUUUGUUCAACGAACUGCUGUUUCUGUACGUGGGGUCUGUCGUUGGCCUGAGAGCCGGUGGUUCACAGAGCAGGAUCCCAGGGAGCGGGCUGUCUGCCAUGCGCUCUCAUGCCUCCCCGGGGCAUCCGGCGCCACCGGGCCUUUGGGGAUGGCAUGACGUCAUGAGCCAAGGCCCCAUGCAGACUUGGCGAGGGGCCAGUGGUGACAGGUGGCUGAAGGUGGGGAGGGGCGCCCCCACAGGUGGCCGGAUGCUGGGUUGGGGGGCUGGAGGCACAAGGUCCCCACCUACCUGAUAACCUGUUGCCUCGGCCCCUUCCCCACCCGUGUACGCUUGGCUGUGGAGCACACAGAGCCAGAACCCCACUCGUGUGGCACCAGCGAGGGUGUGCGCCUACAUGCCCUCCCCCCCCCCCCCGCCAGAUUGCUGAAGUUACGGAAAAACCAGAGCUGGCCUGGGUGGGGGAGGGGGAGAGGAGCAGCCCGGGUCCUGGGAAAAGUGUCUCCCGCCGCUGUGAUUCCACUGUGUGCACGUAUACUGGUAAGGAUGGCAAAUGUAAUUUAUUUUAACAUUUUUUUUUUAUCAAUAAAACAUGAACUGGCAA